CCGAACUAAAUGCCAUCUUAGAACAAUUCAGACGUGUCAUAGCUGAAACAAAUGGAACCAAGGCUGCAUCAAGUAAUUUUUCAGAUAAUACCCUAAAACUAUUAAAAGACUUAAUGAACAGAAAAUCUCUUCAAGUGCCAAAUAUUUAUUACCAUUUGCCUCAUUUAUUGGACAAUGAAGGAAGCCUUCAACCUGCCGUGCAGAUUGGUUUUGGAAGAGCAAGAGUUUCAAUAGUAAUGGGAAUUCCCACAGUGAAGAGAAAAGUAAAGUCUUACCUUGUAGAAACUCUUCAUUCCCUUAUUGAUAAGUUAUCUCCUGAAGAGAUGUUGGACUGUAUUAUAGUAGUUUACAUAGGAGAGACGGAUCUAGAAUAUGUACACAGUGUUGUAGCUAUUCUGGAGAAAGAAUUUUCUACGGAAAUCAAUUCUGGUUUGAUGGAAAUAAUAUCCCCUCCUGCAACUUAUUAUCCUGACUUCACAAACUUAAAGAAGACAUUUGGAGACUCAAAAGAAAGAGUAAAGUGGAGGACAAAGCAAAACUUGGAUUAUUGUUUUCUUAUGAUGUAUGCUCAGGAAAAAGGCAUUUAUUACAUUCAGCUUGAAGAUGAUAUUGUCGUUAAGCAGAAUUACUUCAGUACGAUAAAGAAUUUUGCACUUCAGGUCUCUUCUGAAGACUGGAUGAUUUUGGAGUUUUCUCAGCUUGGAUUCAUUGGUAAAAUGUUUCAAGCGUCAGAUAUUACUUUGAUUGUAGAGUUCAUAUUUAUGUUUUACAAGGAGAAACCUAUUGAUUGGCUUUUAGACCAUAUACUUUGGGUGAAAGUCUGCAAUCCUGAAAAAGAUGCAAAACAUUGUGAUAGGCAAAAAUCAAAUCUACGAAUUCGAUUCAGGCCUUCCCUUUUCCAGCAUGUUGGUUUGCACUCAUCACUGGAAGGAAAAAUUCAGAAACUCACAGAUAAAGAUUUUCUGAAGCCAUUACUUCACACAAUGCAUGUAAACCCACCUGCAGAAGUAUCUACUUCUCUGAAGGUCUACCAAGGACACACAUUGGAAAAAACUUACAUGGGAGAGGAUUUCUUCUGGGCUGUUACCCCAAUUGCUGGGGACUACAUAUUAUUUAAAUUUGAUAAACCAGUUGAUGUGGAAAGCUACUUGUUCCAGAGUGGUAAUCCAGAACAUCCAGGAGAUAUACUGAUAAAUACAACUGUGGAAGUUUUGCCUUUUAAGGGUGAAGAGUUGGAAAUAAGCAAAGAAACCAAAGAUAAUCAAUUAGAAGAUGGUUAUGUCAGAAUAGGAAAAUUUGAAGGUGGUGUGGCAGAAGGGAUGGUGAAUCCCAGUCUAAACCCCAUUUCAGCCUUCCGUCUUUCAGUCAUACAGAAUUCUGCAGUUUGGGCUGUUCUUAAUGAGGAAAUGUUAUCAUAUUUGCAAACUUGAAGACAAAUGAUGUGACAGAUUUUUAGUGAAAGGUACUGUUGCAGCCAUACUGCAUUUCUCCACUGAUUUAAUUUGCAUUUUAAAGUUAUAAACCUAGUGUCCAAGAAAUACAAUUGCAUAAUUGAUUUACAUGUAAUUCCAAAAUACUAGUGUAGGUUUUUGUUUUUUAAUCAACUCCAGAAAUUAUCUUUGUAAAGCUUUUUCUUUUAUUAAAGAAGCUAAAAGUCUAAGGAUGAUGCAAGAUGCAAAUAUUUUGAUUCAUUUCGUGUUGGUUUUCUUGCUCAUAAUUUCUUGCCAAAAAAUAAUUUUUCUGAUUUUAUUUUUUUUAAAAGAUGCUAAUGUCCAAGUUCAGUUUAAAGUUUGCCUUUGAGUUUAGUUAUUUCUGAGUCAGUUUGGUCAAAAUUUCUAAAGCAGAUAAUUCAAAAAGGAAGAAAAAAAUUUUAGCCGUUUCUGGGCAUACAUAUGAGGAGUCUUCUUAAUUGGCUGUUACAGCAGUUAAUAGAAUCAUUCCAAGUGCCAAGAGCCCCUCAGAUGCAGCCUCCAUCAGCUGAAUUAUUAUUUAAAUAAACUGCUUUGGGACAAGAUGGGGGAAUUUAAACGAGAGUAUUGAGAAACUGAUAUAGUUGAUAUUGCACCUUGCCAUUUUAAAAUUCAUUCCAGUCAGUCUGGUGGUCUUACCCGUCCCCCUUCCUUCUCCCUGAAGUCCUUAGCAAUCCCUUUUCUGAACUCCUAUUAGUUAUACUAUGCCACAGACUUGUGUAUUUAUGUCAGAAGUUUUAAGCUCCUGCCAUCAUUUCAGACAUGGUGAAAUUUUCUCAACCAGAGUUUUAGCUCUUGGAGAGCAUCUGUUUCUCUCUCAUACACAUUUUCUCUUUCAUGAAUCACUUUCUCUUCCUCUUCCUUUUCUGCUUCUGUCCUUCUUCUCCCACCUUCUCUCUGUAAGAGGUGGCAUGAAGUAGUCACUUAACCCCUCAAGCUCUAGGCAGUGAAAGUGCAGAUCUGCAGGCUUAGAGGGAGUUUUCUCAUCUUGGGGCUCCCUGUACCAAUGAAAUCACUGGUCCCAGUCCCAAAUCCUUACCCCUAAUUUGUUUCUGCAUACCCCACAAGGCCUAGCACAGUACUAGGCACAAAGGUGCUCAAUAAAUACUUGUUGGUUGGUUUGUUCAUUGUUUCUCCUAUUUCUAGUGCAGGUCAAACACCCUCACAAAUUAAGGGCUCCAGCAUGGCACAAAGAUCCCUGUAAAAGAAUUACAACUUAGUUCUUCAGAUUGAGUUUAGGUUUUAAAGUGUAAAAGGCAGAACUGUGUUGUAAUAAGAGAUAUCUUGAAGGGAAGAUAAAUGGAUUUUCAAGAAUAGAUGAAUGUAAGUUUAUCAUGACUCAAACCUACUUUUGUUUAUGUUGAGUAAUGGUAUAUUUAGUUUUAUAUUCAGAACAAGUGCUACUUUUCUGAUGUAUGCUUUCACAUUAGUCAGAAAACAUUUAGAUACUUGAAGUGUGCUAACAAACAUUUUAGUUGCAUUGAUAACUCAAGGUCAAAGCUCAUGACCACAUACAUGUAGAUACAACUUGUAUCUGAGGAUUAUCCAGUGGUGAAAGCUAUUAGAACAUUAUAUUAAAUGUAUAUUAAAAUGAAAAAAGCUCCCCAUAAAGUGUUGGAAAGAAUUGGAUUUUUCCAUAAAGUAACAAAACUUUGAAGGUUGCCUUACAGGAUUUAAAAAUCUGUAGCUUUCAAAAAGAAAGCUGUUUUGAUACCAACAUCUACCAUCAGAUUACUAAAAAAGAUUGGUCAUUCAGAAACAGUAGUUUUAAGAAAAACCAUUAUAAAACUGAAACAUAAAAGAGAAGCUGUCAUGUUGGAUAUUCAGAGACACGUGAAUAUGUUAGCAAUCAUAUCCCUAAAGCUUUACCCUGUACAUUCUCUCCCACAAACAUUGUAUAGGCUAGGGAGAUCAGUAACCAGAGGUUGCAGGUGAAUUAUUAGCACUUCCUAAUUAAGUGCUGGAGCCACAGUAUAGUUACAGGAUCCCAGAAUUUGUGUUAAUUAAGAGUGACGGGUAAAAAAAUACACUGUAUCUUUCUUUCUGGAAAGGAUACUAUCUGAUUAAGUUCUUAGAGGGUAUAGUAAUCAUUAACUAAUUAAGACUACUCUUGAAUUUGAAUAAUUAUUGUCUAAACCCAUUUUGGAAUUUUAAAUUAGACAACCCAUAUUUGGAGUAAGUAAAAAUUAUUUGUUUUUCACUAUGCAGUGUUCAUACUAUGUUGCAGGACUUGGAGGAAGAACUAAUACUUGGUUACUUUAUAUUUGUCUUUAUAAUCCAGCAUAAAAAAGGUUAUACUAAUUUCUGUAUUUUUAUAUGUUGGAAACUGUUCAAAAUGCCCAUAAUCAAUUACUUCAUAUGUCUAAUGAUAUUGUUAUAUCAGGUUUUUUUGUGCUUGUUUAAUAUUGCCAUACCCUCUAGAUUCAUAUAGUAAGACAUAUAGAAAUAAAGGAAAGAAAAUAAGAGAAUCUAAUAAUGUGGCCAGAAAUGCCAUUCAAAAAGUCCACUCAAUUUUCCUAAAAAUGGUCUUGAAAUGAAUUUAUUUGAUAAAUGCUACAAUAAGCCAAUGCUUUUUUGCUGUAUUCAUGCAUGUGCCCACUAAUGGCUAUGAGAGAAGAAUGCACUCAUGCUCUUGAGAAGUAGGAUUUUAUUUGUCACAUAUAUCAGUGAUAUUUUGGUCCAUUUCAAAGGAAGGAUGUCUUAUAUUAGAUCACACUAUGAGAAAGUUGUCUAGCUUCUUAAUGCUUAGAGAAUACAUAGUUUUAAGAAAGGUAAAUAAAAACAUUUCAAUGUAAAGUAUUCCCAAAGUAUUAUGAACAUUUUCUUGAUAAUGACUGUAAGCUCUGUAAAAGCAGAAAAUGUUGUAUAUUUUUUAAUCUUUUGAUUCCAGGCCCUAGCAUAGUGCUUCUUUCAUAAGUUAUUUAAAUGGGGACUAACUGCUUUUUAAAAGUUUGUGUAAACAAUAUGGGUUCUUUCUGCAAAGAAAUGUUUCUGAUGUACUUGAGUAUUACCACCUUCUAGUUAUGCCCUUGUAUUAGUAGCCAGUGCCAGAAUGCUUUAGUUGUGUUGACAUUACAUUUUAUUUUCCCUUAAAACUCAGUGUUUGCUAAGAUUUGGUGAAAACACUUUUUGAGGAAAUACUUUUUCUGAGCCUUAAAAAUGGCCGAUAGUGACAGUACUGUAAGAUGCACUGCCAGCAAAUAACUUUGGGCAUAUGACUUUUUUUAGAUGGAUAUAAAAUAUUUGUUUAGACACAGUUGUUCAUUUUUUUUUUGUUUAGUUUAGUUUUGUUUUUGGUAAUUAAAAAAAUUUAAAUGUGGAUCUUAACUUCAAUUCUUCAUUUGGAGAAAGAAGUUUUUCCUUUUUUAAGAGAAGAUAACAUUUGGAGAGAUCUUCCCAAUAGAAUCUUUACCUGACAGAUUCUGCAAGAGGCUUUUCUUCAAAAACUUGAUCUAUGUUUCCCUUAAAUGUCCUCAUUACUCAAUUGUGCAGUAUCUGCAGUAAUUCUUUUGAGUAUCUGUUGAAUUUUUAUAGGUAGUUGGAUCUUUGUUUGAAAUCUUGCUGCUAUAAAUUGAAAACCUUGUAAUAGGUUAUGUCGAUUGUGCCUUUCAUCACUGUUCUUUCUGUGCCACAGCUGUCCAUGUGUAUUUGAAAUAAAGAAUUUUUUAAAAAUUCAAGCAGAAUUCAAGGUUCAUUCUAAUAAAACAUUGUAAUAUGAAACAUAGAUUACACAGCAUUUUAUGGUCACAAAUCACAUACAUUAAUCUCAUUUGAUUGCCACAACAAACAGAAGAGAUGCAAAAAGUAUUCUAUCCCGGAGCAGUUAAGGGCAGAUAUGGAACGUAAGGUAUCGAGCCUCGGCAAGAGGACUAGUCCAGAAGACUUUGGUUCUAGUCUUUAUUCUUCUAUUACCUUGACCCUGGGUGGGCAUAUCACAGUCACUCUGGGCCCACUUCCUCAUCUAUGGAAUAGAUCCCUCUCUAUUUGUAGAACACUCUCAGUCACUCACAUCACUAUUUUAAUGUAACACCCCAUUUUCAGUUAUAAAAACAGUUGUGGCUAUAAAUCAAUACGUGCUACCAUGCCAUCUUUAGACUUUGGUGAUGAGUAAAUUUUUCAAAAAAAUCCUUGUUAUAUUUAAUGUGAGUAUAAUAACUGGUUAACAUUUGUAAAUGUUUAUUCCAUUCAGAAAACUGAAUUCACAAGAGGACGAAUGUAUACUCUUAAACUAAAGUUAAUGUACAUAUGCAUCUUGGGUGGUGGGACUAACAAUCAGAAAAUAAGUCAAAAACAUUUACAGUAAUUUACAUUCCUUUUGUUUCAGAUUACGUGUUAUUUUGUGUUUUUGUUAAUAUAUUUUAAUAGCUGCACAUGUAAAUGGAAACACAAAUAAAAUUUAUACUAAAAACCAUACUGACAGAGUUCCCAAAAUUUAAACAGCUAAAUUACAUAUUCCUUUUCAUAGGAAUAGUUCAUAAGGCUUGGCUGGGAGUCCCAAGCUGGAAACAAACACAUUUUUCCUAUAGAAAUGGUCAUGUUUUAGUUUGGUCAGAUGUUUCAGUCACAGAACAGGUCCACAAAAACCUAAAUAGGUACACAAAUAUCUACCUACCAAUUUACUUACUACUGUUUCUAUGGGGAAAUGUAUUUCCCACUGAAUACCCACAAUGGAACUAAGAUUAAAAAAAAAAAAGAUUCAUACUGCAGAAUGGUCCUUUAUUUUAUCAAAAGCAUUCACUGCAGGGUUCCUUUACACCUCACAUGUAUUUACCAAAAUUAUUUUUCUAAUUAUCUUUUCUGGAUUCCAUCCACAUCAUAAAGGGAGACAUACAUAUAACAUACCCUUACAAAUCUGGAUGUUUUGGGGGGGAGGGUGAUGAAGAUUCAGAACACUGCAUUUAUAAUCAAUUACAUAAUUUCUAAAACAGUGACAAUCAUUAAUCUCAUUUAGUGUCAAAGAAUAAAACACGAAACCUUCCAUAAGCACAGAUUCUUAAUUUUCUAGCAGUGCUUCCUCAGCAUUAAGUUCUUUGAUUUUACUCAGCCCUGUAAAGUACAGUGUGGGGAAACAGAUGCUUCCUACUAGUUCAACGUUCUUAGGUAACACCAAUCCUAGGUUUAUCCACUUCCCUGUCAAAGCCUUUCAGAGAUAUGCCCUAUCUGUUUGCUUUCACCACUGCCAAAACCCUGUUUUCCAACCAGGCUUCUCUGGGUACACAGACUCACACAUUCUCCCCUACUUUGUUAAUGAAACAAGCAUACAAUUCUCCAGAUGGUUUUAAAGGAUUUUCCUGCCAGUAAACAGAUAUAGGAAAACAGAGAAAGAUUUUGAAAUGGCAAGGAAAGUUAUAUAAUUCUAAAUCUUUACAACCUACUCAAAUGUUAGCAGUAGGUCUCCUUAGUUCUUAGUACCCCAUUUGCUGACCCAUCUUUUUAUCUUUAGGACUCAAAAUUACAAGCAGGGAUGUGCUUUACUGAACAGAUUUUAUUUCCUAAGGAAAUUACUCAGGUAGGAGUAGCUGAGACAGUUGAUGUUUUAAAAAAAAAAAAAAAAGUUUUUGCCCCAACUGUGUAGGGAUUAGAAGCCAGGUUAGAUUUAGGUUGUUAGCAAUAUUAGAUGAAUAGGUUCCUCAGUGUCCAUCCAAAUCUGCUAUUUAGUUGUCUUUAGACUUUCGGGUACUAAAUGAAAUGGCAGGUUUGCUAUACAAUUUAUCCAUGCCUCCCCUUGCAGUGUGUCUCUGGUCCUCCAUGCGUGAAGGCAGACUUCCCGUGGGCUUUAAACUGUUCUGCAUUGACCUUGAAGGUCCCUUCUGCUUCUGACUUUUGACUAAAUUCACACCUAGCAAGUCAAGACAAUUUUUGAUGUACAUGAAAUCUUACUUUUUCCAUUUACUGUGCUGAAGUAAUGGCUUUCGCUUAAAGGUUUCCAAAGUGCUUUAAACAUAUCUCAUCCUCAUUACACUCUAUAAAGGUUUGAUCAUCUCCAUUUUGCAGCUGAUUAAACUGAGGUUAAGUGUCUUGCCCAAGGUCACAAAACUACCAAGGGUCUGAGGAAGGAUGUGAAGGUAGGUUUUCCUGACUCCAAGCCUUGCACUCUUACCAUUUUCUACCCUACUGCUCAUAUAUGUUAAAUGAAUUUAUGUUCUCUAUAAUCUCUAGUCCUAUUGCCCCUGAAGCCUGUUUCCAUUUCAAUAGAUUACACAUGUUUUCUGUCUAUUCCCAUUUCAGAAAUCAUACUCCAUCUGAAUUUCCAGGUCAUUCAAUCCUGAACCAGAUGACUUGAUGAUGGCCAUUACUGGUGGAAGUUAAUAGUUUUGCCCCUAAGCAGAAUCAGAUAUAACAUAUAACAUGUCAAAUAAAUACCUGGAGGGUUUUAGUAGGCUACUAAAUAGAGAUAUGGAGCCCAAAAUAGAUAAUGUAAUCAUAAAGUUCAUUAAUUGAAUGUAUAGCGUAUAAAAUGAGGUAGAUGUAGCUAGGAUUCUGGCUUUGGUUAGGGUUAUACUAGAUGACAGGUCCUUUUGACGUGAUAUGAAAAUGGCCAUCAUGUCCCCCACUGAAUUUUCUCUGUUCCAGGUUAAACACCAUAGGUUCCCUUCAAUUCUCACAAAGCAGUCUCCACUCCUUCCAACAUGCACUAUAGCAUAUAAAAGUCCUUUCUAAAAUGUAGCAUCCGGAUCUAUCCUCAAUAAGUGAUCUGACAGCAAGAAUCACAGAUUUAGAACUAGAAGACACGAACAAGGCCACAAAUCCAAUCCCUAUUUUAAUUGUUAAUCCCAUCCACACUUCUCUCCAAAUUCCAGACAGUACAUAUCUAUUUAAUAAAAGGGGCUAAAAAUGCAUUAGUUGUUUUGGCUGCCAAAGAAGAGUUAACUCCUAUCGAGCAUGCAGUUCACCAAAAUCUCCAGUCUUUUUCACAGGAGUCACUGUCUAGCCACAUCUUCAUCCUAGAAUUGAUUUUUAAAGACUCAAGUGUUGGAUUUGUUAACAUUCAAGUCAACCAAACAGUUAACUAGCCAUUUGCAAGGCACAGUGCUAAGUACUAGGGAUAUAAAUAAAAACCAAUUCAUCCAUUCCCUCCAAGAGGUUAAUCCUAACAAUAGGAAAUGAAGAGGUCAAAAGAGAAGUCAGCCACAAAGCUCUAAGCAAAUUGGGGGUGAGAGAGAAGUAAAAUGUGGGGGUACUAGGCCCGACCUCAGGAGGGGGUACCUGAACUGCUCCUUGAGAUGAGGAAGGAGGAACAACCUAUACUAAUAUACAUUGGUAGGAAAUUAUAUGCUAAAUUGGAGAACAGUGAGUAAUCCCCUUUGGCUGGUUCAUAUAAGUACAUGAAGGGCAAGUAGUGUGGAACAGGACUGGGGAGCUAGACUGAAGCAAGAUUCUGGUAGGCUUUAAACUCCAGACUAAGGAGUUUGCAUUUUACUCUAGAGAUGAUAAGAGUACCACUAAAAGUUUUUGAGCAGGGAAGGGACAUGAUCAGUUCUGUGCCUUAGAAAUCUGUGUAGGUCAAAAUAAAUUAGAGAGAAUGGUGGCAGGAAGACCAAUUAAGACCUUGUAACAAUAGUCCAAGCAAGAGGUAGGAGGGAAUGUGAAUUUGGGUAACAGCUGCUUUGUAGAAAAAAAAAACCAAAAAACACGCGAUGUUUUUGGAACCCAGUUCUGUCUUCCAACACAUUGGCUGUGCCUCCUAGCUGUGUUGCUUGUAUAUUUGAUAUGUAUGCCAUCAAAUGUUCUUUCCUUCCUUAAAUUUUCCAAGAUUACUUUGUUAGAAUCCAUCCUUUGCUCUUAGCUCCAACUGCUUUGUAUAUUUCUGAAUUCCUUUAGAAUGAGGACUAUGAAAGCGUGGAAAACCUUGUUUUUAAAUCCCUCCUCAGACCCUGACUCUAUAGCCAAGGGCAAGUCACUUGACCUUGCUGAGCCUGUUUUCCUCAUCUGUAAAUUGAAGAGUCUGUUAGACUCCAUAGUCUUGAAAGGUCCCUUUCAACUCUUAAAUAUAUGACCCUUCUUGUAUUCCUAGUCUCUAUCCUACCUUGCAAAUAGUAGACACUUGAUCUUUAUUGAAAACACUGAUAAAAAUACUGAACACACAAAUCCCUAUGACUUUCUACUAGAGGCCUCCAUCCAGGUUGACAAUGAAUUCAUUACAAUUUGACUACUAUUUGGGUCAGUUUUUCCAAUUAAGCUCUGAAUUGUGUCCUGCUAGCGUACAAUUACCAGCUAUUGCCCACAUCUCUCCAUCUUGUCCACAAGUAUACUGUCUAUGUGGGACUGUGUUAAGAAAAAAAAAUGGCUAAAAUCCAGAUAUUACAACACUAUUUCUUACUCUGACCUAUCAGUCUAGUAAUACUGGCAAAAGAGUCUAGCACGAUAUGCAGUUAAUGAAAUAAUGCCGCCUCAUAAUGAUUACCCCCUUCUGUAAUGUGCUUACUAACCAUUCUCUGACAGUAAGUUAUCUGAGAAUUUUACCAGGAAUCAAAUUCAUGUUCACCACCAAAUACUUUGAAGAAUCUACUGUCAUUCCCCUUUUGAAAAUCAAGACAUUUACCUGUCCUUAUUUCCCAUGUACGUUUCCUAUUCUUCACGAUUCCUCAAAGAAGUUCAACCCUCUUAUUUUACAGAAGAGAAAGCUGAGGCACAGAGGUUAAAUAACUUGCCCAAGGUCACAUGGUAAGUAGCAGAGCUUGGAAAAGGCUUCUUGACUUUAAAAAAGUUGAUUACCUUGCAAUUAACCACCUUACUAGACAGAAAAAAGAAUAAUGAAUUAUUGCUAUGACCAUCAAUACUUUUAAAAUUUAAACAUUCUAAAGUGUUCAGGGUAGGUGUUUUCCCCGAGUAUACAAAAGAAUGAUCUGAAAUACCACCCAAACUACCAGCGCUAGAAGGACAAACUAAACCAUUUCAAAGAUGUUGGUUAAGUAUUACUGGGCUUAGCUGCAUUCGUUAGAAAGCACCAACUCCUAAUGAAAUAAUAUUUGGCUUCUAUUGAUAAUGACAUUUACGCGCCUGUUUUAAUGCGUUGUGGCUGGUAACUGGGUUCUGGAAGGCCAGGCCAGCAGAAUACAAGUUCUGGCAAGUCUUAACCUGCCUUUCUUAAGCUAAAAAGACUUGAAGUAAACAAGUAAUAAUAUUAUGUUUCUCAUGGGCUGGUCUAGAUUGCUACAUUAUGAGGCUCAAAACCAAGGGUUAAGCCACUAGGUUAUUAAAAGAUUUUGAUCUCAGUGCCUAUUAAGGCAGAGUUGUGCGCUCUGUGAUAGAGACCAUCAAUAAAAUCAAGGAUCCUUGAAAUUCUGAAGUAUGGAGAUUACUGAUAAGCAAGGGUAAAAAUCAAAAUGCUUCCAAAAAAAAACCUUAAAACUACUGCUUAGUCAAAACUGAAAAGGCUUACACUUUGGUUUAAAAAUAUUUAUUACACAAAUGUACAUUUCAUGGUUUUGAAGAAUGUACUAUGAGUGAAAUCAACAUGAAGUUGUAAAUAUUACCAAAAAU